UCGCCACCGACCGCACCGGGACUGUUACCGUCGCUCCGAGGGCUCCGAACGGGCGAAGCUGCGGUUUGUCCGGAGGAGGACAGUGGGAGGGGUGGCUGGCUGGCUGGCUGGCUGGCUAACGGACCCGCGGCACCAGAUGCUAUUCCAGCGGAGAGCGGAGGACGGGCUCGCCGAGGCAGCAGCAGCAGCAGCAGCGGGUGAUGGCUUCUCGUUUCCCCGACGGCUAAACCUUCGCUAAAACACGGAUACCGCACAGCGACGGGACCUCGCUCCGCUUCCUCCCGCGCCUCCGUUCGGCGUUUGUCUGACAUGUUAGCUCGGUCUCGGCCGUCGAGCAGCCUCUGGGCCGCAGCUCGGCACACCGAGCCCGAAUCUGGGAAGUAGCUAGCUAGCUGCCCGCUAGCCGCAGCUGUAGCCGAUGCUGCCGCUGCGGCUGCUGCUGAUCCCGGAGACAGCGCGCUCGCUUCAGGGCCUCGCCGAGCUCCAUUGUUCCGUUUGAGAUGUGAUGCUUGUGUGCGCGGAGCCGUUUGUAGCUGGAGGCGACGCCGAGGAGCUAACGUUGCUGCGAAAUGCCCAGCAGAAGCACAACAGCGGGCUCCUGUUGAAGGGGGCGAGGUUAGACUGAUCACAGCCCACCCCGAGGCUCCGACACCCGGGGGCACAUUUGGACUACGACCGCCGCAUUUCUCCCUCCUCCCCCCCCCCUCCUCCUCCUCCUCCCCCCCUCCCCCGACGUCCUUCACCGCUUCCUGUCGAUAUGGAUAAACUCACGAUCAUUUCAGGGUGUCUGUUUCUGGCGGCAGAUAUCUUUGCAAUAGCCAGCAUUGCAAACCCAGACUGGAUCAACACCGGGGAAUCGGCAGGUGCCCUCACAGUCGGUCUGGUCCGGCAGUGCCAGACCAUCCACGGGCGAGACCGGACUUGCAUCCCGCCUCGGCUGCCUCCAGAGUGGGUCACCACGCUUUUCUUCAUCAUCAUGGGCAUCAUCUCCCUCACGGUCACCUGCGGACUGCUGGUGGCAUCACACUGGCGCAGAGAAGCCACCAAAUACGCCCGCUGGAUCGCCUUUACUGGCAUGAUCCUGUUCUGCAUGGCGGCGCUCAUCUUCCCAAUAGGCUUCUACAUCAACGAGGUGGGAGGUCAGCCGUACAAGCUGCCCAACAACACGGUGGUCGGCUCCUCCUACGUGCUCUUUGUCCUCUCCAUCUUCUUCACCAUAGUGGGACUGCUGUUUGCAGGAAAAGUUUGCCUCCCGGGCUGAGGCUCCGCCGUGCUCGCCUCUGGACUGACUCGGGAGGCUCUGAAAGUUUUAUGGGAUUUACAAAAACACACAAUGACUGAAAAUCAAAAACAACAAACUCUGGCCAGAAGCCUGAAACAGGGAAGUCUCUGCUUAUGUGUCAAAGGGCCACAGGACCGUGGAGCAGCGAACUACUAAGAGAUGAACACAUGAACCAAACACUACAGAGGGCUGGAGGAGCGGGAGAGGGCCGCCGAGGCUGCAGCAGCAGCAGCAGCAGCAGCCGCCUGCCACUGUUCAUUUAAAAUAUGGCCGUCUCUCCGUUGUUGUUCUGUUGGAAAGGGUGCUUAAUGUGCCGCCGUCAUGGCAACCGCGGCCACAAUGCUGGCGCACAUUUGUGGAGGACCACUACAGCCACUCCUCGACUCGAUUCCCGCCUCGCCGCCCUCAGCACACAUCUGCGCCGUCACCGCCGCUCCUGUCGCUAUUUUUGGCUUCUCUCAGCUAUUUUCAGUUUUGUGUUUUUCUGUUGUUGUACAAUUUGUGUUCUUUUCGUUUCCCUCUGCCCCCCCGCCCCCCACCGCCACCUUUCCACCGAAGUAGUCUCGAGCGUUAUCGAGGUUCACUGAGCUGAACCGUCGAAGGGAACCGGGGGGAGGGUUUCUGACAGCUUGGCUUUAGAGCAGGGUUUAUUCUCGCCUGUCACAUGUCACGGCCCCAGGUGUGUGGCGGAGGAGAGCAGCUGUGAUCCCAGCUGUCUGGGCCCACGCUGGGGCUGCUGUGGAUGAGCGGAAGAUGCAGGUGUGCUUCCUCUUCGUCUCCAACCAGCUCCUGCUCAGGAGCAGGUAGCAGCGAGCGCUGACCUCCCUGGGCAGCAGAACAGGAGAUCAAGCACCACAAAGGAGAAUGCCACUCAGUGUGUUAUUUAUACGGACACGUGUUAGUAGACGGCUCUGUUGCUCAGCUCAGCCCAUCACGCUGAAUCACAUCCUUUUGCCAAUAACUAGAAGACUGUGAAUUUAGAAGAGUAAUCAUCUGAACAUAAACACACAUCUUGUAUUUGUAGUAAUUCUGUUCGUGCGGCCACGUGCACGGCGGCCCUUUCAAAGUAUUGCCCAAGAAUGUGCAUCGCUGUGGCGUUACGUUCCCGGCGGCCUGAGAUGGACCCACAUAAUGCAGACUACAGCAGACAGUAUUGAGUUUUAUAACCAGAACAUGAAGUUACAUCCGGUGUGAAAAUAAGCCGGUGGUAUUCUCCUUUAGUGUCGGAGCCAGCAGUGGGUUUUUAUUGUGUCUUGUUUCGUGCACUGGGACUGCAGGUCAUGUCCACGCGAGGGGCUGGGCCUCAGUGUGCUGCUCGAGAGCCCUCUGAUUGUAACACACACACACACACACACUGUCAGUCGGCCUGUUGAUUAUCUUCAUUCCGGUCACAGUCGUGAUUACUUCACAGAACGCUUCACGCAACCAGCCGGAAGUUUUCUGUUGAUUUGCCUCCAUCCGGGUUGAGUUCCUGGAAGAUAAGUUACCAUGAAUACAAAAGACAACAACAGUCUGCUCAGAAUGCUCCUUAGCAAGUGUGAUUAAUUGGUAAAGUUAAUUAACAAAUGAUCCGUGAACGGCUGCCGUCGUGCACAGAGAAGCUUCUGGUCGCCCAAGAAGUGAAACAACUUCUUCUAACACAAACACAUUCUGGAUGAUUUUAUUUAGAUUUUGUGCAUUUAGGAGAGAAUUUAGAUGAAAAAUAAAAAACCUGCUUUAAGCCUUAUUUUGAUGCUAAGUUUUGUACAUUAGCACGAAUUCAGCACAACAUGAGCUGAAAAGCAGUUUUCAUGAAUCCAGAAUCGUGACCUGGUAUCGAUCAGAUUAAUUAACGUUUUGUAGUUUUUGGAGCUGUAAACGGGACGUACGUUGCCACGGAGUCACUGAAAGAAAGAACAAUCCUUUACUGGAUUUAUGUUGAAGGAAACCUAGAAACGUGACUGUUUGAAGCUGAAGAGCCUCUUUUAUCUCGACGAUAAAAUCUUUUAUAAGUGCGAGCAAACGAAUGGAAAAAUACGUCUGAGUAGAAUUAGGAUUCGACCCAAUAAACUCAAAUAUCUUCCACCUCUGAUAUUAGACGUUCCAUUCAUACAGGAAGCCUCCUCGACCAGCUCCUCGACUAAAAAGCUCCAAACUGUCACUCGAGCCGUUCGCGAUCCACGUCUUAUUAAUUUAGCAUCACAUCGGAGGCGAAGGCGUCUCUUUUCUGCUCAAUCGAUUCUCAAAAUUAAUUUUUGCAGCUUUUUUUGUUUUCGUGGGGAACAUACAAGCUCCUGGCGCUCUCUGGAAGUGUGUGUGAGUGUGUGUGUGUGUGUGUGUGUGUGUGUGUGUUGAACCCAAUCACGGCCGCUCAGUCGCCAAGUCUUAGAGUUUCGUAUUUCUGUUUCCUGCUCAGCUUCUCUGACUCUCGGUCCGAUGAUGAGUAACUGCUACACCUGAGUGUGCAGCGGCCUGUCCUGGAUGGUUUAGUCUUGUGCCAUGACCUGUUCUUGUUUCAUAAUGUACAGACACAAAAGGCAGGAUUUCUGUAUUAGGAAGCACUGUGCAUUCAACAGUAUAGGUAACAGACAUAGAAGCACCACAAAUGUAUAAAAAAGAGAACUUCUUACCUCAUUGUUUUUGUUUCUGCUAUUAUUUUCUAAUGGUGGCAACGUGUGUGCCCUCUAAUUUGUCUCUUGCCUUGAUCGGAUGUCUACACAUAAAGCCUAUGAUCAUAAGAAAUUAUUUAUCACUGAAUAAAAAGAGAAAAACUGGGUGUGUGUGACUCUGA